AUGGCAGGCUUGCCGCGAAGAAUCAUCAAGGAGACACAACGCCUGAUGGCGGAGCCGGUGCCGGGCAUCUCGGCGGUGCCCGACGAGAGCAAUGCCCGCUACUUUCACGUCGUCGUCGCCGGACCAGAAGGCUCUCCCUUUGAAGGCGGCGUCUUCAAGCUGGAGCUCUUCCUCCCCGAGGAGUAUCCCAUGUCAGCCCCCAAAGUGCGAUUCAUGACUAAAAUCUACCAUCCCAACAUUGACAAGCUCGGCAGAAUCUGCCUCGACAUUCUCAAAGACAAGUGGAGUCCGGCGCUGCAAAUUCGCACUGUUCUGCUGUCAAUCCAGGCGCUCCUUUCGGCGCCCAAUCCCGACGAUCCACUGGCCAACGACGUUGCCGAGCAGUGGAAGGUGAACGAGGCGGAGGCAAUUAGAACAGCUCGCGAUUGGACUCAACGCUACGCCAGUAGCCAGUGA